AUGAAGGUUUCUCAGAUUCUCAAACUUUCUGUCUUGUGCGGUUUUACAGUCGCAAGUCCGCUGCCAGGCGAUGCCCUUGCUAAACGGGACGCUAAACCCGCCGAUACCGACGUAUAUGGCAAGAUUUACCUGUUAAAAGAUGAUGGAAUUGAGAAGCGGGAACCUCAGAACACAUAUGGUAAAGCUUAUACCCUGAAGAUGAAGGACGACGGUUUUGAGAAGCGAGAGCCUCAGAACACAUAUGGUAAGGCGUACACUUUAAAGAUGAAGGAUGAUGGAUUCGAGAAGCGCCAAAACACUUACGGCAAGGCUUAUACUUUAAAGAUGAAGGAUGAUGGUUUCGAAAAGCGAGAUGCCGACAGUAAGGUUUAG